CAGUGUACCGACAACCGCUGUGCCGGUGAGACGUUGUCAAUUUAUUUAAGGUGUGUCUUGUACAACGCGUGUGCAUAUGUGCGCGAAGAUGUGAGAUUUGCGUGCGCGUAUAAUAAUUCUGAAUAUUUUCCAACGUAUAUGAUUUUUGAAAUUGUUUAUAUAUAUAUAUGUACUACCGGCUUGACAUAGCUAAUCUUCGUCGAUUCACCGACAGUCCAAAAAAUGGCAGGCUGAGCGAUCGUUCGAGUCACAGCUGUGUAGAAAGCUCGACUGACAAGAAGACAUAAUCCGAACCGAUUUUAAAACCACGCACAACAGUAAACGUGCCGCCAGAAAUUCUCGUGUACAAGGUGCCACUAUGACAUACUUACGCACGAUUGGGGAAGUAAUUGGUUUCUUGGUGUUGUGUUUCAUCAUGAUAGCAGAAGCCACUGUCAAAUGGCUUAUCCCCAGGAGAUACAGAAUGAAGAGCAUAGAUGGCGAGAUCGCCCUUGUAACAGGGGGUGGCGGCGGACUGGGCAGACUUCUCUCUCUCAGGUUGGCCAACCUGGGUGCUAUCGUCGUCGUAUGGGAUAUAAACGAGGCCGGCAUCGAGGAGACAGUCAAAUUAGUACGAGCAGCCGGCGGUAUCUGUUAUGGCUAUGUUUGCGAUUUGUGCGAUCGGGAAGACAUUUAUAACAAGGCCAAGAUCAUCACAGAAAAGAUUGGGAAGGUGACAAUUCUCAUUAACAAUGCAGGCAUCGUUACAGGAACGAAGUUCCUAGAUACUGCAGAUAAACUUAUCAUCAGGACGAUGAACGUGAACAUUAUGAGUCACUUUUGGACUGUCAAGGCUUUUCUUCCGGCUAUGUUGGAGAGCAAUAAAGGACAUAUCGUGAGCGUAGCCAGUAUGGCCGGACAAGUCGGGACGCCAAAAUUGGUGGACUAUUGCGCGUCCAAGUUUGCAGCAGUAGGAUUUGAUGAGGCUCUUCGAAUAGAACUCGAGUACGAAGGAUAUAACAUCAACACAACAGUCAUAUGUCCGUACUUCAUCCGCAGCACCGGUAUGUUUGACAACGUUAAGUCGAGAUUUGUUCCGACUCUGAAUUCGAACAUUGUAGCUGAUAGAGUGAUAACAGCGAUGAGAUGCAACGAGAAAUACGCUAUAAUUCCGAGCUACUUUGGAGUUCUUAUGUGGAUGAAGUGGAUAAUGCCAUGGUCAAUCAUCUCUAUGUUCCUUCGCGCAUUAGUUGUGGACGCUUCACCGAACAACAAACCGCAUGUAACUGCGACCGACAACGAGAAAGAUUCGUCUCAUAACUUGCCGUCAAAGAGCGCGGUCAUCCGCCAACCAUUAGCUAGACGUACUUCCAACUCCGAGAGAAAACCUUAAAUUCUCUCUCGCUCUAUCUUGAUCCUUGAGACCUAAGGAUGUUAAUUUAUCCUAGAACUUUCACUUGUGUAUGUGUAUGAUCUUUAAUUUUCCGCAGUUUAAUCUUUUGACUUCAAAGUUUUUUGAUAAUAAAAAACUAUCGCCGUAACGCGAUAUUCUUACUAACAUAAAUAUAUUAUAAAUAUAUUAAAGUUUCUAUGAAAAAUAAACAUGUAGGUUCGUAUGUAGCGUUUUUGUGAUGAUUCUGGCAGAUUGUUUCAAAAUCGCGUUGAUCUGUCUUCGAGCCUCUCGUUUACCAUUGCGCAAGUGAGUUCUCGUAGUUAAAAAAUAGAAAAAUAAGUUUUGGAUGAUUUUGCGUUACGUUUUUAGACAAAAUGCUCUUGAAACGGAUCAACGCAAAAAAAUGUGAUACCUAUAAAUGUCAUAAAUAUAGUACGAUACAUAUAAUAAUAUUAAAACAAACGUCUAUAAUUUAAUACUAUACAAAAUCACAAAAGCGUGAACAUUUCAGGUUUGCGAAAUUUUUUGUACAAUUAUUAGAGAGACUACUGCUUUUCUUAUUAUUUUUUCUAUCCAUAUAUAUAAGAUAUGUAUGUCUUCCAAAGAUGACAUAUGUUAAAUAUUCUUACAAAUAACAAAAGUUGCGCGCAGCGCAAGCUUGAAUUGUCCAAAGCGUAGGUAGGUUUAAUGAAUAAUUGCGCGCUUAUUGUGUUACAUCAAUACGAGUGGGUUAAAGUAAAUAUGCAUAAAGUAUACAUAAAGUAUAUACAUACGUAUAAAUAUGUACAUUUUAAAUAUGUUAUUUUAAAACAAAAUAUAAAUAUGUGUGCAAAAUAUUGUAACAAUACUUUAAAACAUUUUUAUAAAAGAGAAAGAUUGUAAUACGCGUAUUAAAAUUCAUCAAUACAAGAAUUGUAUUUUAUUACAAAUACUAACAGGGAUAUGUGUGCUGAGAAAAAUAUAACAUUAAGUAAAUAAUUACAUA